AAUGGGAUAAAUAUUUUAGAAACAUGCCACUUAAUUUGAACCAUCUCUAAUAGUUAAAUUAAAAAGCAUAACAAUGAGAGAACUUUUUGAUUGUGUAGAUACGAUAGACAAAUAUUAUCCUUAGAAUUGUUAUUUGAAUUUAGAAUAGUUUGACGAUAUAUUUGCAACAUUAACUGAUAAUUGUAUUGAUCUUUUUCAUAGAUUGGCUGAUUAGACUGGAGAAGAUGGAAAAUUAUCAGUUCAUACAUUUGAAGCAUUGGCUGCUUUUGCUAUAUUUAGUGGAGAGAGUUUUGAAACAAAAUGUAUGUUUGUUUUUAGAUUAUUUGAUUUUGAUUUGUCAAAUACUUUAGAAGAAUAAGAGAUGGUUAGUACAUUAUAAUGUGCAGUUAGAGCAAUGUGUAAAAUAGCUGGUUUAGUGAUUCCAUCUGUUAGUAUGUUAGAGAAAUUGGGUUAUGUUUGUUUCCAAAUGAUGGAUGAAGAUAAAAAUAAACAUGUUGAUUUUGAUGAAUUUUAUGAAUGGACUGUAUAAUAUGAUGAAUUGUAAGAGUUUAUGUUAUUAUAUUCUGGAACAUAAACAUAUUAAUAUGCAUUAAAAAGAAUGAUUAAUGUAAUGGAUGAAUCUGAAUAAUAAUUUAAUAAAUGGUUGAGAGAAUGUAAAGCACCUUAAGUACCAGCUAUUAAAUUACAAUAGAAUUUAUAUUAAAUUUAUAAGGGAAUAGAUUAAUUAUCAAUAGAUACUUUAUUUUAUAUGAUUAUAGAAUAUACAUUAAGAUCUAAAAGUAUUGGAUAAGAAGAUAGUUCAUAAUAAUAAAAAGAUCUUUGGGCUUGGAAAGCAGAUCAUAAAAAGAAUUAACAUCUUCUUUAAAAUAUAUCAGUUAAGAAGAGUGAUUAUUUGGAUAUCAUUAGAGCAUGGAAUGUAUAUUCAAUAACUGAUGUCAAUUAAUUAUCAAUUAUUAAUAUUAAAGAUCUUAAAUUACUUAUUUGGUUAUAUGAAGAUGAAGAACCAGAUUAUUUUAGAAUUAAUUAAGAAAUGUCAAUUAUAGAUACUAAUCAUAAUAAUAUAAUUGAAAGAUGUGAAUGGAUGUAAUAUUUAUGUUCUGAAGAGUCAAUGUAAAGAAGAUAAACACCAUAAGUUUUAAUGAAAAAAGUGUUUGAUAAUUAUGAUGAAGAAUAAUGUGGUUUGAUACCUAUUAUACAUAUUGAUAAAUUAUUAAGAGAUACUUUUAAAUAAUAGAUGAAAAAGAUGAAAGAUUUUAAGAGUAUUUAGAGUGUAAAUAGUUUAAUUCAAUAAUUNUAUGAUGGCUAUGAAGUGAGUGGUGAAUGGAAGGGUGAUAAGUUUUAUAAAAAUUGA